CGUAUCGAGUACUCAAAGUUGACUGAAAGUUGAUUUGAUCGAGUAAACGAAAACAUCCGCUGCGGUCUUUUGUCGUUAAAUCUUCUGGACAAUCAACCUGAACUUAUCGGUCCGCAGUUACCAAAUUAUAUAAAAAAACUGAAGAUGAUGUUGAGAGUUCAAUCUCCAGAAGGUACUCGGCGUGUGGAUGUUGACAAUGUCACCGUAACCAGGGAACUGUUUGAAAAGGUCCUCAAUACCUUUGGAAAUAUAGGUUAUUCUUUUGCCUUGUACUGCAAACGUGAUAAAUCUCAAGAAAUUGUUUCAUCGAAUGCAAAGACUAUUGCUAGUUAUGGGCUUCAGCAUGGUGAUAUGAUAUACUUGUCACCUAUUGCUGGUGCAGUUCAGCACAGUGAACAGGAUGCUUCUGUGCUUAAAGUAAAAAAUGGAGUGAGCACUGCUUCAUCGACAACCUUCCUUCCAUCAACUAGUAGCAUGCAUGGAUCCAAAAUACCUAUUCGAUCUAAUGUAGAGGAAGAUCAAGUUGAUGUAAUUCUACAGAAAAUGGAUGGAACUGUCAAGAGAAAACGUGAUCCCAAAAAUUGUCUCCAUGGAGAAAAUUCGUCUUGCAUUCAUUGUCUACCAUUGGAACCAUACGACGCUUCGUACCUAAAGGAGCUGAACGUCAAACAUAUGUCGUUUCACGCUUACUUACGGAAACUGUCUAGUGGGUUAGACGGAGGAAAAUAUGCUAAUUUGGAUAACAUAAGUUGUCGGAUUAAACCUGGUUGCACUGGUCAUCCGCCAUGGCCCAAAGGUGUGUGCUCUAAAUGCCAACCGAAAGCCAUUACUCUGAACAGUCAAGCUUACAGACACGUUGACAACGUUGUCUUUGAAAAUCCAAACCUAGUCGAACAAUUUCUUCAUUACUGGCGUGUAACCGGACGACAGCGAAUCGGACUCCUCUAUGGAAGAUUUGACAUUCAUUUGGAUGUGCCACUUGGAAUCAAAGGAAUAGUCGCAGCAAUUUAUGAGCCUCCACAGGAAUCGACACGUGAUUCUGUUCGCUUGCUGCUUCCGGACAACCGGCAAUCUGUUGUCGACCGUGUGGCUGCCAAGCUUGGACUUCAGUGUAUUGGAUGGAUUUUUACCGACUUGGUGGCAGAAGAUGUGUCCAAAGGAACUGUUCGCCAUUUCCGCAAUGCAGAAACGCACUUUCUCUCUGCGCAAGAAUGCAUCAUGGCUGGCCAUUUCCAGUCACUUCAUCCGAACCCAUGCCGCUUGUCGUCUGAUGGCUACUUUGGCUCUAAAUUCGUCACUGUUUGUGUUACCGGUGACUCGCAGAAUCAGGUGCACAUGGAAGGUUAUCAGGUUUCCAAUCAAUGCCAAGCCUUAGUUCGAGAUGAGUGCUUAGUGCCUACCAAAGACGCUCCAGAGUUAGCAUACGCCCGCCAGUCUACAGCCGAAAAGUACAUCCCAGAUGUUUACUAUAAGGAAAAGGAUUCAUAUGGAAAUGAAGUGACUCGAGAUGCUCGUCCCCUUCCAGUUGAAUAUUUGUUGGUCGAUGUUCCCGUCUCUACUCCGUUGGAACCCAUAUUUACUUUUUCAGUCGGCUCACGUAAACCGUUUCCCAUUGAAAAUCGUCUUAUCGAUGGUCAUCUUCAAGAUUUGUCAGCUUUGGAUUCUUACUUGAAACAAAAUCGUCAGAAUUUUCUCGAAGCCGCGUCAGAUUUCCAUUUUCUGAUAUACGUCGCUACAAUGGAUAUGCUUCCACUCAUGGAAAGUAUGGAUCCAAUAUUAGAAGCUGUUCGUUCGAAAAAUGCGGAGGCUGCAAAUCAAUGGGCAUCUGGUGAACAAUGGAGCACUGUCCGUCAGCUCCUGGCUCACGCUGAUCAAAUGUCGACACCAGGGCAACCGAUGGAAGAAGGUGCUACCGGAGAUGCCGCUGGCAAAUCCUGGACCUGUCUUCACUGCACUUUCAUCAAUAUGCCUAAUUUAUCUUCGUGUGAGAUUUGCAAUUUGCCACACUAAAUUUAAAAAUUGUCACCGGCCAAUCAAACUGUUAAAAGUGUGCUUAGAGUCAGUGAUGUAACUAAGGUGAAUUGAAUACAUGGAUGAAGCAAAA